AGCCCAGCCUAGCGCUCCGCCCGCGGAGAGAGGCCCGUUCCGCCAAUCAGGCUAUCGGCGCAGCCCCGCCCCGGCCGCAGUGUCCCUGCCAGGACUCCGUCCGUAGCCGGGUGGUUGUUGCGACUGAGGGGCUCGGGCGGCUUCAGCCUCCGUGGUGGUUCAUACAGCCGUGAAGAAUGACGUCGAGAGGUGCUGGGACUGCCUUUUCCCGGAGGAACUACAGGCUGAGCACUGAGUCUGAGAAGCCCAAGCUCACAGGGAUAGUGAACAGCAAGCUGCUGAUGACUAUCUGCACCGCGUCUUCCCCCAGUGCUGAUGGGAUCCAGCCUGCAACUGCUUACAGGAAGCCACUGACAUUCCAGAACCUACAGGAGCACCUAGACAAAUUGCUGGCAGAGGACAGUGGUGCAGAGGACAGUCGAGAUCAGGUAUUAGAGGGGCGACUUGGUCCCUCUACUGUGGUGUUGGACCACACCAGUGGUUUUGAGGGACUCCUCCUGGUUGAUGAUGACCUACUUGGGGUGAUUGGCCAUAGCAACUUUGGCUCCAUCAGGGCCACGACCUGUGUGUAUAAAGGGAAAUGGAUCUACGAGGUGCUCAUCUCCUCCCAAGGGCUCAUGCAGAUUGGCUGGUGCACUCUCAACUGCAGGUUUAAUCAGGAGGAGGGGGUUGGAGACACUCCGGAUUCAUAUGCAUAUGAUGGAAACAGGGUGCGCAAGUGGAAUGUCACCACCACCAACUACGGUAAAUCCUGGGCGGCAGGAGACAUCGUCAGCUGUCUGAUAGACCUGGAUGAGGGGACCAUUGCUUUCUGCCUGAAUGGUGUAUCUCUGGGAACAGCUUUCGAUAACAUCACCAGGGGAGCUGGCAUGGCAUACUUCCCCGCUAUCAGCCUCUCCUUCAAAGAAUCAGUCGCUUUUAACUUUGGCAGCCGCCCACUCCGUUAUCCGGUGGAGGGAUAUCGCCCCCUGCAGGACCCGCCCAGUGUGGACCUGGUGAAAGCUCACAAGCUGUUGGGCUACCUGAAGAAUGUUAUUCACAUUGGGAUAGACGUGUUGGAGGGGAAGUUGGUGGAGAAGGACACGUCGACGUGGCAGCUACAAGGAGAGCCCACAGUGCUGAUCACCCUGACACACAUCUUUAACCACUUUGCACCUCUCAUGUGCAAAGUGUACCUGGUAGAUGAUGUGCUCAUGCACUUCCUGCUGAGCAUUCUGGAGCGGGGAGGGGCUGUGGAAGCACAUCCUCUCAUCCAGCAGCUACUGGAUCUCAUGUGGCUUCUCAUGGAGGAUUAUGAGGUGCAUGAAUGCCUCAAGCAGCUGCUGAUGUCCCUGCUGCGGGCUUACAGGUUCUCUCCCAUCAUCCCAGACCUGGGCUUACAGAUCCACUACCUCCGGCUCACCAUUGCAGUCCUGAAGCACGAGAAGUCCAGGAAAUAUCUGCUCAAUAAUGUCCUCUUCGACGUGCUCCGCUCGGUGGUGUUCUUCUAUAUCAAGAGCCCCCUGCGUGUGGAGGAGGCUGGCCUGCAGGAGCUCAUCCCCACCACCUGGUGGCCAAACCGCUUCACCAAAGAGGGCAAAGAGAGCAAGGAGGUAAAGGAGGAGAGUGCCGAGGAGAGGCUGCGCCGCCGGGCAUACGACAGAGGCUGCCAGCGGCUCAAAAAACGCAUUGAAGUGGUGGAGGAACUCCAGGUUCAGAUCCUGAAGCUGCUUCUGAGCAACAAAGACCGAGGAGGGGGGGAAGCCUCCAGAUACAUCUUCCUGAACAAAUUCCGCAGGUUCCUUCAGGAAAAUGCCAGCAACCGAGGGAACCUGACUGUACUGUGCCCGCCAGAAUACAUGGUCUGCUUCCUGCAUCGACUCAUCUCUACCUUGCGCUGCUACUGGGACGGGCACAAGGCCAAGGCUCCUGCAGCCCUGAGCAGUGAGGAGGCAUAUGUUCCUCCUCAGCUCUUCUAUAACGGGAAGGUGGAUUACUUUGACCUGCAGCGACUCGGUGGACUCCUGUCUCAUCUCAAGAAGACUCUGAAAGAUGACCUGGCUUUGAAAGCAAAUAUCCUGAUUGACCCUGCGGAGCUGCAGGCUGUGACCAUGGACGACCUGGACGAAGAUGAGGAGUCCGCAACCUCCACAGCCCAGCGCCCAGUUGCAGCACUGGCCAUUGGUGGUGCCCUUGCCAGGCCCAGUUGGCUCAGCUCACCCACCCUGGGCCGUGCCAACCGCUUCCUCAGUACAGCGGCUGUCAGCCUGAUGAACCCGCGGCGGCCCCUGGGCACCCUGGAGAAGAUGAAAGCACGCACGCUGAGUGUGGAGCAGCGGACAGAGGAUGACAUAGAAGGCAGCCAUGGAAAUGAGGGUCUGUUACUGGGGAGACCCCCUGAGGAGCCGGAGCAAUCAAUCACUGAGAACUCCCUUCUGGAGAUCCUGGAUGGAAUAGUGAUGAUGUACAACCUCAGCGUCCACCAGCAGCUUGGUAAGAUGGUGGGUGUGUCUGAUGAUGUGAACGAAUAUGCCUUGGCACUGAAGGACACAGAGGAGAAGAUUAGCCGAUGUCCAAAGAGGAGGAGGGACAUCUACGAGGAGCUGGUGAAAAGCCAGAAGGUUUUCUCAGAGAAACUCAACCACCUGAGUCGCCGGCUAGCCUGGAUCAACGUCACCAUCUACUCCAAGGAGAAGAUGCAGGACAUAUACUGGCUGCUGCAAGUGUGCAUCCGCACCAUUGAGCACGGGGACAGGACGGGCUCACUCUUCGCCUUCAUGCCGGAGUUCUACCUCAGUGUGGCCAUGAACAGCUACAGCGCGCUGAAGAACUACUUCAGCCCUGUCCAUAGCAUGGAGGAGCUCCCCGGCUAUGAAGAGACUCUGACGCGUCUUGCUGCCAUCCUGGCCAAGCACUUUGCUGACUCCAGGAUUGUUGGCACUGACAUCCGGGACUCACUGAUGCAGGCGCUGGCCAGCUAUGUCUGCUACCCACACUCGCUGCGGGCUGUGGAGAGGAUCCCGGAGGAGCAGCGAAUAUCCAUGAUGAGGAACCUGCUGGCUCCCUACGAGCAGCGGCCUUGGGCGCAGACCAACUGGAUCCUCGUUCGGCUGUGGCGGGUAAGGUCCCACUGCCUGUUGCUGCCAGCUGCCUGGGCCCAUGCCUCUGGGGCCGUCACUCAGCUGCAGGGCUGUGGGUUUGGAUACAGGUACACGCGGCUUCCGCACCUGCUGAAAACCAAGCCCGAGGAUGCCAAUCUCCCCAGCCUGCAGAAGCCGUGCCCUUCCACCUUGCUGCAGCAGCAUAUGGCCGAUCUGCUGCGCAGUGACUGUGACAUGGCACCCAGCUUCCUCAACAGCGUUCUCAACCAGCUCAACUGGGCCUUCUCGGAGUUCGUUGGCAUGAUCCAGGAGAUCCAGCAGGCGGCAGAGCGCCUGGAGAGGAACUUUGUGGACAGCCGCCAGCUGAAGGUGUGCGCGACCUGCUUUGACCUGUCAGUAAGCCUGCUCAGAGUGCUGGAAAUGACUGUCACGCUGGCCCCCGAGAUUUUCCUCGACUGGAGUCGCCCCUCCUCGGAGCUGCUGCUCAGGAGACUUGCCCAGCUGUUGAACCAGGUGCUGAAUCGCGUGACAGCCGAGCGGAACCUGUUCGACAGAGUGGUGAACCUCCGGCUGCCAGGGCUAGAGAGCGUGGAUCAUUAUCCAAUCCUUGUGGCUGUGACAGGGAUUCUGGUCCGACUCCUCAUGGACACUGACUUCCAAGGGGCCAAGCGGGCGACAGCUGUGCUCCUGGCAGACCCCUGCUUCCAGCUCCGCUCCAUCCAGUACCUGCUGGGCCAUGCAGAGCCAUCAGCUCUGGCAGCCAUGCCUCCCUCUGCAGACAAGAGACAUUUCUCCUUGCACACCUACACCGACUACAUCAGCCUGGAGGAGCUGGCCAAGGUGGAGCAGAUGCUGAACCACCUGAGUGAAGAGUCAAAGCAGGCAGCUGCCUCCACACUGCCAACCAGUGAGGAGGACCUGUGCCCCAUCUGCUACGCACACCCCAUCUCGGCCAUCUUCAGGCCAUGCUCCCACAAGUCCUGCAAAGCAUGCAUCAACCAGCACCUGAUGAACAACAAGGACUGCUUUUUCUGCAAGGCCACCAUCACAGGCGUGGAUGACUUCAUCAAGCCGGUCAGCUCGUAGCAGGAGGCCUGGGCUGGUCCUGCAGGCUCCAGAGGCUCCUUUCCCUCAGCCUCCAGUAGGGGGUGGCCCAGCUCUGGUUAGUUGUGGGCCCUUCCAUGGCCCAGCCCCCUUGCUCACGAGUGUGAGGGUCACCAGCAGAUGGUGGAGGUGCUGCUCUUGCCCUGUCUGAGCCAAGGCUGGGCUUGGCUCGUUCAGCAGGUGUGGGGAGGCCUAAUACAGUAAGGGCUGAGGGGCGCUGCCUUUCCCUGGUGAGGCUAAUGCCAGCAUGUACUCACCACCACAGCCUGCUGGAGCCUGGCUGCCCCCAGGGCCUGUCCUGCUGCUGUUGCCAUUUGCUAUGGAGCAUUUGUUCAUGUGUGAGCCACUACCAGCUUCCCUUUGCUGGGGGUGAGGCAUGCUUUGGCCCCAGCUCUAGGUACCAGGCAGCCAGACUGAGGAGAGCUACUGCUUCUGUGCUAAGCUAGACAAAGAGCAGAGGCUGUUCACAGCUGGCUUGGUCUAGGCCUGGUGGCUGAGUUCUCUGCUGGGCAGUAAUUGGCUGGGAUCUGGAAGCCUGCAGUCCCCCAGCUUCAGCCUGGUGGGGGCGAAGUAGGUGGCACCUCACCCUGCAGCUGCUGGAGGAUGUGCUAGCUGGCAGCAGCGUUGGGGAUCCCUGCUGGUUUGUGCAGGAGCCUUGGCCUGGGUCUCAGCUGGUGGCGAGGCUAAUGCUUGAGCUCUGCUGCAGGUGGGGUGGGACUAGCAGUGGUGUGUGAUUUGUGAACAGUCCUGGGGGAUUGCUCAGUACUGUGCAUUGGGUGCUGUGUUACCUGCCCCAGCCAGGGUCACUUCCCUGCAUGGGAGUAUUAAAUUAUUCUUCUUUA